AGAAAGAGCACAGCAAGCACAAAGAGUGAAGAGGAAACAUCUCCUCCUCUUUCUCUCUCUCUCUCUCUCUCGCUCAAUCGCGCCCGACCAGCUCGAGCUCCGUACCUCCGCAGCUCGGCGCAACCGUCGCCCGAUCGGACCUCAUUGCCGCCGCCGCCGCCGCCGCCCUCCCCGCUCCGCCGCGACGCGAUCGCCCGAUCGCCAUUCCGCCGCCGUUCCCGGCCACCACCCCCGGGGUUCCCGUCCCCCGCAGCCCCACCCCACCCCACCCCUCCCCCUCCUGCCCGUACGAUGGAGCCGUACGGUGCGCCCGGCGAGGAGCCGCGGCCCGAUCCCGGCGCCGAGACCGGCCUCGAAGAGCACGUGUGGCGGUUGGAUUUGGGAGGCGCGAAAUCGUACCCGUUGAGGCCCGGCGAGGCCGAUUGCAUCUACUAUUUGCGGACAGGGUUUUGCGGGUACGGCUCGCGGUGUCGUUUCAAUCAUCCGCCCGACCGCAGCAGCGCGGUGCUUGGGGCUGCACGAGCUGGUGCAGUUGAGUAUCCUGAACGCUUGGGCCAGCCAGUAUGCCAGUACUACAUGAGGACGGGCAUGUGUAAAUUUGGCGUGUCCUGUAAAUUUCACCAUCCUAAGCAGGGAGUUGGUUCUGCUAUCCCUGUCACGCUCAAUUAUUAUGGUUUCCCAUUACGCCCGGGCGAGAGAGAGUGUUCCUAUUAUAUAAAGACAGGGCAAUGUAAGUAUGGUGCCACGUGUAAAUUUCACCAUCCUCAGCCAGCUGGAAUCCAGUUUCCAACACCAGGAGCAGCACCACAGGUUGCUCCGGUGGCUGCUCCGAUGGUGGCAUCUGCUGUGUACCCUACUGCACAAUCCCCUGCUGUUCAUUCAUCUCAACAGUAUGGUGUUGUAGUUGCGAGGUCUCCUGUAUUGUCAUCAUAUGGCCCCUAUGGUUCUGUUCUGCUUCCCCCCAGCAUGGUUCCUUAUCAUAGUUGGAGUCCUUAUCCGGCAACGCUUGGUCAGGUGGCCUCUUCAAGUACUCAACCCUCUACAGGGUCGACUUCAGUGUAUGGGGUAACUCAACUAUCUCCACCAGUGUCAGGUUUCCCAGGACAAUAUCAACCUUUACUUCCCUCUUUUGGUGCUUCAAGUGGUGACCAAAAAGAACAGUCACUUCCACAUAGGCCUGACCAACCUGAGUGUCAAUAUUACAUGAGAACAGGAUAUUGUAAAUAUGGAUCUUCGUGUAGAUACCAUCAUCCGACAGAUCUGGUUCCUCAAGAAGCAAGUGUUUGGCUUAGCCCCAUUGGCUUACCAUUGCGUUCAGGUGUGCCAAACUGUACUUAUUUUGCCAUACAUGGAGUAUGCAAGUAUGGACGAGCAUGCAAAUAUAAUCACCCAAUGGGAAUGCUGAGUUACAGCCCAUCCGCAUCUUCUCUGGCAGACAUGCCUGUGGCACCCUACCCAGUGGGAUCUUCCAUUGGCACACUAGCUCCAUCUUCUUCUUCUUCAGAAUUGCGGCCUGACCUUAUCUCAGGGUCUCUCAGGGAGGCAUCAUCUACAAGGUCAUCCUCAUCAACGAGCGCAUCCAGUGCAUCAAUUGGUUCAGUUCUUUCGAAGAGCGAAAACGCUUCUCAUUCUAAGUCCCAAAAGUCUUAGUCAAACUCCUGGCUCUUCACCAAGCAACAAUAGCAGGACUACAGAAGAUUGGAGUUCAUUCUAAAUUACUGGAACAAAAACUUUUCGUCAUACAUAGUUAGCCCAAUUUUUGAUGAAGCCCAAACAUCACAUUUUUUGCCAAAACACUCAAGGGAGACGCGUUCUCAGACUCUGGUGCCAACAUUCAGAUCCUGCUGCAGCUCCUGUCAGCUCCACUCUAAUACAAUUUUUAGUUGGCCAUAUCUUUUAUCUUUUGAAUAAGCAUGGCCAAUUGACAAAGGAUUAGCACAAGCAAUAUAAUUUUCUUUCAUUGCUUUGAAUAUGGGUAGGGGAGUCUGCAGUCUGAAACAUACAACCGUCUGCACCAAAUUUUGAAGGUUGUGUUUAUUUAUGACUAAAUGGUGAAGAUUGCUGGUACUGUCCUUCCUCAUUAGACAUGCCAUGUUGCAUUUAUCAUCAAUUUUGGGAAUGAGCUUCCUGGUCAACUGACAGGGAAACUCGAAGUCCUUCCCCUCCCUUCUUUUUGUGCAGGGUGUAUUAUUGAAUAAAAAGCAGUUGACAAAAGACUCCAAGGACUCAUUCCGGGUUCCUUUACCUGAUAA